AUGCGACGGUGGUGGUAUGGCGAAGAGCCUGUCUUGGAAACUGACACAAAGAUGGAGGCGUUGGGCAAAAGAGCGAGGAGGUUCUUGGAAUCUGCGACGUUUGGGAAAAUCCUGGCCACCCUGAUUUUCCUGAACUGCUGCAGUUUAGGUUGGCAGGUUGACUGGGGUGUGCAGAACUACUCCUUACAGGAGCCAGUUCAUUUUGAAGUUCUUGGUGCACUGUUCACGCUUGUUUUCUUGGCCGAGUUUGGGUUCAGAGUCUUUGCUUAUGGGUGGACCAUGUACUUCUGCCAGAAUCCAGAUAUUGGUUGGAAUGCUUUCGAUGGGCUCCUGGUGCUAAGUUCGAUUGUGGAUGAGAUAAUGAGCCGCGCGGCUUCAGGAAUCAACGUUACUGCGCUGCGGGUUCUUCGACUGGCGCGGUUACUUCGAAUUCUUCGAGUGUUUCGCGUUGUUCGUUACUUCACCGAUCUUCGAGUGAUGGUCCAGGGAAUUCUUAUCUCGUCGAAGACACUGGUAUGGGCGCUUGCGCUUCUUUUUCUACUGAUGUUUGCGGUUGCAGCCUGCAUCCUGCAGCUGCUCAGACCGUACUUGUCCUCACUGGACCCUGCAACAGAGACCCAGGAGCUUCUUCUGCAUUUUGGAUCCAUGCCUGGUGGAAUUUUCACACUUUUUUCCUCGAUGUCUGGUGGUGUGGACUGGGCAGAUGUCGCAAGGAAGCUCAACGAUGUGAGCACUCUUCUGGCGUUACUGUUUGUUGUAUACAUGGCCUUUGCUUUAUUUUGCGUCCUCAAUGUGAUGACGGGCGUUUUUGUUGAGAAUGCCAGCCGCAUGACAGCAGCGGAUGAGGAGAUGUGUAUGAUGGAGGAGCUCAGAGCACGGAAGGAAUACGUGGAUACCGUUAGUCGUCUCUUUGCAGAGUGUGACAAAGACAACUCCGGCAACGUGAACUGGGAGGAGUUUCAGGAAUGUGCAGCAGACCUUCACUUCCAGACCUGCUUCAAGAAGCUUGGGAUAGCGAUAGACACCGAAGCUGACCUCCGAAAUGUUUUCCAUAUGCUGGACUUUCAGAACAAUGGAAGUGUAUCGGUUGAGGAGUUUGCGAUUGGCAUCCAGAUGUUCAGUGGGGGUGCAAAAUCCAUUGACGUGGCCAGGCUGAUGUUUGAGAUGAACACGAUGAAAAAGUACAUGGCGAAUGUACAUGAGGCGUUGGUUGGCCCGGUGGAUGAGGAUGACUAUCCCGAGUUUCCCGGUGCACAGAUGCGGCCCUCGCAGGUGAGUGAGGAAAGCCUGCCCGCGGAGGACAUAGGUGAAGAGAUGCAGAAGUCCACCGAAGAUGGCGGAGGAAUGCAGGGCGUUGUCCCAGUCCAUGCUCCUAUGAAGGCAUGGUUAGAUUGA